UUUCUAUCUUCCCUUUAUUAUUCAGAGUACCUUUUUAAAAUCUGCAAUAAUAAGAAAAUGAAAUAAAAAUGAAAUCUGAAAUGCCCUGCUUGUCAUUCAUUGUCGGGAGAUCUCCUCCUCUCCCUUCUCCCGCUUUUUGAAUAUUUUCAUUUCUUUUUUGCAACCUAGUCUAGCGGAUUUAGCCAUUUUCAUUGAACGAUGGGAUAUUUCCUUGUAUCUCUGCGGUAGCACAGCGUAAGUAGGAAUAAAAGAAAAGAGAAGAAGAGAAGAGUGUCUGUCUGUUUAGUCGGUUUUGUUCGCCGUCGUCUGCCCCUCCUCACAGCAAGCGGGUUUGUCCGCCAUCACCACAGCCUCAUCGCAUCGUCAUCGUCGUCGUUCGGGUUCUGUCCAGCGACUGAGCUCGUCUUAGUAACAAACCUCAAUCAAUCGAGCCUCAACCUCUCCCCUCUGGGUCUCUCUGCCAACUCUCGGCCAACUCUCGCCCUCGCCUACUACCAACAGCUCGAGGAACCAGGUCCAGGAACGCAGUCAAGGAACCACCCUCCUCCUCUCCCUCCUCUCCUCCUCCAGAGCAUGUACACGCUCAAGCAAGACCGCCCGCAUCCCGUCCCGCCACCACCUCCUCUCACCAUGGAUCACCUCCAGCAUGGCUAUUCCACCGCAAACCCCGUUACUCUGCCUGGUAUCCCAGAGGCUGCCAGAGCGGUUUCCACGGUUUACGAAGGCCGCAUUUACUCCCUCGAUGUCGUCCAGCAGCCCAUCCGCGCGAGAAUGUGCGGCUUUGGAGAUAAGGACCGAAGACCAAUUACUCCCCCGCCCUGUAUAAGACUGAUAGUCCGUGAUGCUUCGACCCAGAAGGAAAUUGAUAUUAACGAAAUCGACACCUCAUUCUACGUCCUGACCGUCGACCUAUGGAAUGCUGAGGGGACUAGCGAGGUCAACCUCGUCCGACACUCGGCUACCUCUCCGUCCAUCUCCACCGCUACCUCUUCUGCCUACCCUCCUCCCCAGAACAUCAUGCCCUUCCCCCAUUACGCCCAGCCCCAUGGCUACCCCCAAAGCGCAUACCAACCCUAUUACGGUGGACAGCCAGGCUACAAUCCCCAUGCCGGUUACCAAUACCCGCAUGGCGCUCCCGACCCAUACUACCAGGCCCUCCCGCCCGCAGGCGCAUACUACCCUACCGGCACGCCCGCACAGCCCCUUGCGCCGCAGUCAGCGCUGGGCCCGCACAUUUCCACUGCGUCCACGGGCAUGUUCACCCGCAACCUGAUCGGCAGCCUGAGUGCCAGUGCCUUCCGCCUGACAGACCCAGAUGACAAAAUUGGUGUUUGGUUCGUCCUGCAAGACCUCAGCGUCCGCACGGAGGGCUCGUUCCGCCUAAAAAUGAACUUUGUAAACGUCGGUACCCAAAGCCAGGCCCAGGACCAAUCCCCCGGCGGCACCCCGUCCAGCCCCGUCAUCAACGUCGGCUCCGCACCUGUACUGGCGUCUGUCUUCUCUGAUGUCUUCCAGGUGUACUCGGCCAAGAAGUUCCCCGGCGUCAUCGAGAGCACGCCACUGAGCAAGUGUUUUGCGUUCCAGGGUAUUAAGAUUCCUAUUCGCAAGGAUGGGGUCAAGGGUCCGCGUGGUGGGGGGCAGUCGCACAGUGCGAAGGGGCCUGAUGGGGAGGGGGAAGAGUGGGCGGAUGAGGGAUGACCGUAGUCAUUUCUCAUUUCAUUUCGUUUCCUCUGUUUUUUUUUCCCUUUUCUUGUUUUGUUUUCGUUGUUGGUUCAUUUUCGGGAACGGCGUUGCAGAAUGGAACCCAUACACUUUUUCACAUACUUUCUUUGCUUGUGCUUGCUUCUCCCUCCUUUUUUUUCCCUCGGGAGUCAAAAUGUCCGGUAUGAUGUAUGGUGUCCUUCCUCGCUAAUGUUCCCCCCCCCCCUUUCUCCCCCCCUUUUUUUUUCUUCUUUUUUUCU